AUGCCUCCUCCAGAGCCCCCGUUCGGUUCGGUCGCUAGGUUACCUGCGUCCGGGCCGAGACGCAAACGGCCUCCCGCGCGGCCCCGUAGCCCUGUGGGUGUUAGUUCGGGGGGCGGGGCGCAGGAGGAAAGGAUGACGGUCCCGGUUGCCCCCGAAGCCCCUGCACCGAGGCAGGGCGCACUCUCAUUCCAGCCCCUCUCUGGCCACAACCCUGACCCCUCCGCUGCGCCCCAGACGCAACGCAGCUCGCACGGUGCCGCGUCCUCGUCACCGCCUCCCUGCUCUCCAAGGGCAUUCGCCCCUCGCGCCUCUGCCCCUCCGGGGUCGCCCCCAGGCGCGGCGACUCACCGGACCCCGGCGGCGGCGGGAAGCUCAGCAGGUCCCGGCGCGCGCCGGCCGGGUCUCCAUGCCAGCUCUCCGCAGGCGCUCGGGCUGCGCGCUCGGCGGCGGCGCUGGACACGGUCCCUCCGUCCCCCGCACCGCGGCUGCACAGGGUGGCCGCGGCUGUCGCACUGGCUGCGGGCGCGGGCGGGGCGGGGGCGGGCCAGGAAUCUGGGUCGCGGGGAGCGGAGCGAGCCGGGAGGCACCCGGGCGGCCGGCGGCGUGGAGGCGACGGAGAGCAGCCCGCGGAGGGCGUGCGAAGGCUUCCCUGGGAGCGCGACGCGGGCGGCGACUGAGCAUGCCCAGUCCCCAGCCGGGGGCGCGGGCGCGGGGCCGGAGGAGGGACCGCUGCUGGGGCCCAGAGCGGGGCCGCGGCCGCGGUUGGCCCGGUUGGUUCGCGCCCGGCGGAUCCGCGGGAGGCCCGGGGACCCGGACACCUGA